GGGGGAGCGGUUUUUGCGGCGGGAGAGGGAAGUCGGCUGGACCAGGCCGGAUGCGGUCGUUGAAAGGGCGGUGGCCGGGAACGGGGGGGAUGCUGGGCGGCUCGGGUAGGGGCUGUGGGUAGUCCAUUCCCAUGCCGAGGACUUGUAGGUACUUGUUGGAGCGCUUGUGCUGCAGCGGACGAGGCCCGCGGGAGCCGAUCGGGGAGUGUGGUCGUUGCGGACUGAAUAGCGGGGAUGAGUCAAUGGCUGAGGGGGAGAGGAAGAGGGCUGACAGCUGGGUGGCUAGGUGUGCUGGCUGGAGGACCAGCUCGUGGCGUCCUAAUGUCUGCAUUGGUCAGUUCAGUGAUGGAAGAGGUCGAGGACAUUAGAGUUAUCUACCUGGAUAUCUUCGACGUCAGCGGCGAAGCCUCUGUUAACAGAUUUCGAACGGUACAGCCGCUGCGGUACUUCGAAGCUGACAGAAGUCGAACGAUACAGCCGCGGUGGUGCUUCGUAACCGUGGGCCCGUCGAACGGCGGCCAGAUUGUUUGAUGAAACUGAGCUCCGUACCUUCAGCGGUGCCGGGUGUACAGACCGCCUGGAGGAGGAAGCCGUGGUGAUAGUAGGAUCCAUUUCCCGUGAAGUGCAAUUUUGGGAGUCGAGAUGAAGGAAACGAAUAGACGGAUGAGACAAUGGGGAAUCAAAGAGAAUUGGUCCACCAUCACCGUUUUCACUUGGGAUGCUGGCUGUUGUAGAUACAUCAGUAGGUAGAACAAAGAAUGAAGGUAAAUGUGGAUUCCUAAGGGAGAGCACGUGCU